CCGCCCGGCGCACGGCGCGUCACGACGAGGCCGAACGGCGGCGGUGGCAUCUCCGCUCCGCUCCGUUCCGUUCCGUCCCCGCCAUGGCGGCCCCGCGCCCCCCCGCGCUGCUCGCGCUCGGCCUCGCGCUCACCGCCGCCACCGUCACCGCCGCCGCCGGGGGAGAUCCGUUCUCGGCGCAGCUCGGGGACACCGGCCCCUGUCAGCGGCAGUGCGGCCGCAGCGUGCAGCCCCGGGCGGCGGACGCUGUGCUCAGCGCCUGUCACCGCGGCUGCCGGCUGUUCUCCAUCUGUCACUUCGUGGAUGCGAGCGCGGGGCUGAACAGCACCAGGGCUGAAUGUGAGGCAGCGUGUGCCGAGGCCUACGUUGGAGAGGAGGAGCAGUGGGGCUGCAGGACCGGGUGCCGCGAGCAGCUGCCCCACGUGCAGAGGAAGGAGCAGAGCGCAGAGGUGAAGGCGCCGUCGCUGUCGGUGCUGGAUUUGGUCUCCUCUUUCUGCACCGACAUCGUCAGCUCUGCCCACAGCUUCAUCUCCUCCACGUGGACCUUCUACCUGCAGGCGGAUGAUGGGAAAGUGGUGGUGUUCCAGUCGCAGCCCCACAUGGAGUUCCCGCUGCCUGAAGCUCAGAUGACCCAACCAGAGUGGCCUGAACCAGGGAACGAUGCCCACUCCCCCCAACCCCACACAGGCCCCCAGCAGAAGGAGGAAAAGUCCCCCCCCAAGAAGGAGCCGUGGGGCAAAGCCAAACCCAUGGACACCCCACAGCCAGAGCACGACUUCCUGGGCUGCAUGGCCAAGCGCUCAGGCCUCCCCCGCUGGAUCCUGGCCGCCUGCCUCUUCCUCUCCAUCGUGGUGAUGCUGUGGCUCAGCUGUGCCAGCCUGGUGACGGCCCCCGAGCAGCACGUCAGGACUCAGCCUCUGAGCAUCAAUGGAGACAGGGAAUGCCUGGAGGACCCGCGUGGCCCCACUGUGUUCCCACUGCCGCCCGUCAUCGCCGUCACUCUGUGCCCCACACACAGCGAGGAUGUGGGGCCGCUGCCACUCAAGGUCGACCUGGACAAGACCAUCCUGUAGUGCU